AUGGGUGACUCACAGGAAAGUGUGUAUCUCCAAUUUCAACAGUAUGAUUGGGACUCUUUCCAGGAGUUUCAAGAAGGACUAUCCGAAAUUUUGAAUGGCCAUUUGAGUCUGCUCCAAGAGAAUGAUCCGUCCGUCAAGCUGAUUCCUCCACCACAAAAACAGCAACUUAUUGACCAGGCAAAGCUGUUCUUUUUUUGCUCAAAGACGGGUAAUAUUUUGAAUUUAGAUGACUACUAUGCGUGGAAAAGAAACAAUGGAGGAAAAAUCACCUACGUUGACGAUUCAGUAGAGGUAGAUAGUGCUACAAUUGAGAAUGGAAAUGAGAAAGCCAGUGCCAACUCACAGUCCACUGAACAGAGCCAAGAUGCUCCUUAUUCGUCUAAUUAUCAGCAAUUGGUGGAUCUUAUAGUCUCAGGAAAGCCAGUGCCAGGAAUCAAGCAGAUUCCCGAUACUGUUUUGAGUGACCAGGGAUCAAAGCUGGAAGCAAAGUCCAGACUUAAGCCUUGGGAACAAAAGACAGAAUCCGAAGAGAAUGAUGCUGAAACUUCAGAUAUACAGGAAAUGACUGCUUGA